AUGAAUUCUGAAGUUUACAGCAGUUUUAUCCAAAAACUUCAACCUAUUCUAACGCUCAUUGAAGAAGAUGCAUUUUUCGUUAACUUUGCACUGGCUUGCAUGUCGUUCAUUGUCAACUUAUUCCAUUUUGCAAUUAUUACCAGGAAGUCGAUGAGAAUCUCUUCAAUUAAUGUUUUAAUGAUUGGCAUCUGCGAUAUUUUUAGUAUGAUGACAACAGUAUAUCGAUAUUUUCAGCUCACGGACUUGGAGUACCCGGAAUGUGUUACUUCCAAUUCUUAUGUCAAAGCGUAUCUUGACCUCACAUCUUGGUCUUUUCAAAACUACUUCAAGCGGUGUAGUUCUUGGCUUGAAAUCUUCAUUGCGAGCGUACGGCUUAUAAUUAUCAGAGGAGUUUCUAGCAACUCCAUCGCCACCAAGCCAAAAAUGGGAUACAUUUUGAUGUCAGUGGUGUUUUUUAAUAGUUUUCUUAUACAAGGAGCAUGGCAAUAUGGGGCUAAAGUUGCUGAGAGUCCAAUCAUGAAUUCGCUCCAAAAUUGCGCCGAGCAUCAAGACCUGAAAAAUCUACCAAGAUUCAAGUUAGAUAUUCGUCAAUUUUCAGAAAAAUUUCAAAUUUUGAUUAUUCAGUUAUACAUUGCUUCAGAUGUGAUUGUUUCUCAACUUCUUCCAAGUUCAUCCUUCCCGAUAAUAACUGCGCUUCUUCUACGGGAGCUUCGAAAACUCCAUAAAUUCAGUCCAACGCUACAAAGAAAUGGCGUUGUAGAAGACCAUGAAGAAAAAUAUGGGCUCCCGACAAAACUUAUAACUUUACUCACAAUUAUGUCACUUUUAUCAGACGCUCCAUUGGGAUUCAUUGAGAUGACAAAAACCUUCUUGCAACAGGGAACUGCAUUGAUACGAUUUCUGACAGAUCUUAUGAUCUACUUCAAUAUUUUCUCAACUGCUGUGUCGAUUUUUCGUCCAAUCAGGUGUUUUUUGAUGUCUAGCCGAUACCGAAGUACUGCACGAAAAUUAUUCUGCAGUAAAAAGAAGAGGAUCACAGAUUCGGCAGAAAACCACAUACAUGUUAUCCCGAAACAAACAUAA